AUGAAAAACUCAAGAAAGCUGAAGAAGAGGAAUUAAAAGCGAUAGAAGCAACUAAAAAAAUUUAAAAAGAGGAGGAAGAGGCCAAAGAAACUUCAAAAAAGUAUGAGGAAUAGUUAUCAGAAUAGAAAAUAAAAUUUGAAAAAUAAUAUUCUGAUUUAUAAGCAAAAGCUUAAUAAGAUAAAGAAAAGUAAGCUCUUGAAUAUAGCAAAGAUGCUUAAGAAUAGGAGAAUAAAAUCAAAAGUAUUGAAGAAGAGUCUUAAAAAUAGAUGGAAAUAUUGUAAAGAAAUUUUGAAAAAGAAAAAUAAGAAUUAAACGAAAAUCUCAAGAAAGCUUAAGAAGAGGAACGGAAAGCGAUAUAAAAAACUUAAGAAACUUAAGAAUUGGAAAAACAAACCACAGAAAAUUUUAAAAAGUAUUAGGAAUAGUUAUAGAAUAGAAAAAAAAUUUUAAAAAUAAUAUUCUGAUUUAUAAGCAAAAGCUUAAUAAGAUAAAGAAAAACAAGAAAAAGAACAUAAAUAAAUUGUUGAAUAAUUAGAGUAAAUAGCCCAAGAAAAGCAAAAAAAAUAUUAGGAGGAGGCUUUAAAAUAAAAAGACCUAUUUAAAGCAGUUGAUUAGGAAUUAUUAAAUGCCAAAGAAGAUUUAGAAAAGCAAAAAAUAAUAGCUUAAGAAUAGAAGAUGAAAGCCAAAGAGGUUGAAGAAAACCAUGAAAAAUAGCUUUAAACAAUUCAACAAUAACAUAUACAAGAAAUUUUUCAGAAAGAAUAAUUAGUCCUAGAAGCCAAAUUAGAUAGUGAAAAAUAUUAAAAGGAGCUUUAACUAUUAUAAUAAAGAUUUGAUAAAGAAAUUUCGGAAUAAGAAUAAAAGAUCAAGGAAGCUGAAUAAUAGAUGAAGAAAGCCAAAGAAACUCAAGAAAAGUAUAAGGAAAGACUUGAAAUUAAGGAAAAAGAAAAAUCUGAUUUAGAAAAAUAACUUGAACUAUCCAAACAGGAGGAAGAGAAAGCCUUAGAAAAAACCUUAAGUGUUUAGUAAUAGAUGGAAAAAUCUAAAGAAAUUCAACAAAAGUAUUAGGAAAGACUUAAAAUUUAGAAUGAAGAAUUCCAAAAAGAAAAAUCUGAUUUAGAAAAAUAACUUGAAUUAUUCAAACAGGAGGAAAAGAAGGCUUAAGAAGAAUAUUAAAAGUAUUAGGAAUAACUUGAAAUAUAAAAAAAAUAAAAAGAAGAAGAAAUUCUUAUAUUAAAAGAAAAACACCUAUAUGAAAUCUCAAAUGAAGAUAUUGAAAAUUAAUAAAUAUAUGAAGAAUAGGAAUAGAAAGACAAAGAAUAACAAUUAAAAUAGAGAAAAAAUUCAGAUUUUAUAUACAUAAAUGACAAUAUUAAAACAUAAUUAGAAGAUAUUAAAAAGAAAGUGAUGAUGACUAAUUAGUAAUUGGUUAAUUCAAAUGAAGAAUUAAUCUUAACUUUAAAAAUAAAUUGUAAUAAAUUAAAAUAUUAAAUUUAGAACUAUUGCCAAGUGGGAACAGUAAUUUUUUAAAAGAAUACUAAUAGAAAUGUUAAUGA